GUUUAGCCUUUCUGACAGUUCUGUAUUUGUCAUAGUUAUCACUUGUUCUUUUUUCUUCCUAGAAAAUUCCUAAAAUUUACACGGCUAUUUGUCGAUUUUUGGCGUAAUUCUAUUCACAGAAAGUGUAACACGUACCCUUGCCUAGUGUGAACGGCGCCGGAAAGCGCCGUCAGCAAGCAGGAUGAGCAAAUAGUUUACUCGAGCGACACUUUCGUGAGGGCACCUCCGAACGAAAUCUAGUAAGCAAGUAGCGAAACAUUUCUCCCAUCGGUGGUCUGCUGUGCUCGAUGCUGACUUGUGUUCCAUUUUCGGUUCGUGAAUUUACACAUUGAUACGUGUGGGCGGAAGAAACAUUCCACGGAGCAGUGUACAGCUUUGCUGUGCCGAAAGAAUACAGUUUCCGUGACGACGUCAUUAGAAAAAUAACGAAAAAUCGGUGUGUAAAAGUGUCAGCACUGUGACCGGUUUGUUGGAACGAUGGAAGCAAUGGUAGAAAAUGCGGCGGCCCCGCCUUCCCGCUUUUACUGUCAUUCGUGCGCCAUCGAAAUCGAUCGUGUCUCUUCGGAAUUCACAUGCCCACAUUGUCUGGAGGGAUUUAUUGAAGAGCUUCCGGCAGCGGAACGGAGCGGACCGGCCGGAUCAGCAGUAGGACAGGAUGCAGAACAACCGUCAAACGAUUACGACAAUCCACAGUUUAGCAAUGAGCAGGCAAUAAGAUUGGCCGGAGAAAUUUUCACAAACUCCAUUUUGUCACCGUUCUUUCGCCGCUCCGACGGCCAAGACGGUGAAUCGGCAGGUGGAGCUGUUGCAGGAAACGGCGAUCACGCUAUGUUCACUAUGGAUGACAUUCCUAUGGACGGUAGUAGUGGUCCAUCAUCUGGUGUGCCGCUUGCAUCAGGAAACGCUGGUGCCGAUCUAGGCGAAGGUGCAGCAGGUAGCAGCAGUGCGGGCGGUGGAGACACCCGUCCUUCCAUGCGUUUCACGGGAAGACGAGGAAGUCGCAGACGAGGGGUGCAAAACUUAAACCACGUAGAUCAAAUAUUGCGUGAAAUCCUGAUAUCGGUGUCGGGCGGUGCUUCUGGUGCCGGUACCAGUGGCCCAAUGUUUUUCAUGGGCAAUCCGGGCGACUAUGCUUGGGGACGCGAGGGCAUCGACACAAUCGUUACACAGCUGCUCAACCAAAUGGACAACACGGGGCCACCUCCGUUAGAAAAAGAACGAAUCGCGCAGAUACCGACCGUUACCAUCAACGAGGAACAAGUGGAAAAGAAGCUACAGUGUUCGGUUUGCUUUGAAGAUUUUGUUGUUGGUGAAUCGGUCCGAAAGUUACCUUGUUUGCACGUCUAUCACGAACCAUGCAUCAUUCCAUGGCUGGAACUUCACGGCACGUGUCCCAUCUGUCGGAAUAGUCUCUCGCCGGAAGAUUCACACGGUGGUGCACAAUCGCAGUCACAGGACGGUGCCCAAUCGCAGAGUGAUAGUUCGCAGCAACAUCAGCAAAUAUCACAACCACAGUCCGACUCCGGGCGGCAGAAUUCCAACUUUCUGACCUUCACAAUACAUGAUUUGCUUCCUACCCUUUCAGGGCCCGCGAUGACGAACCUGUUGUUCGAGAUGGGACAACCGCUGGCGGCUACGGCAGCAUCCGUAUCAUCUAGUCUACCACCGUCUGCUUCCGGUAGUGGUGCGUCGUCCGGUGCCGGUACCGGAACCACCACCAAUGGUGAUGUAUCUACCGCCAGUCGGAACAAUACCGCUGCUGGCGGCGCAUCAACUAGUGGUGGCAAUGGUUCGCAAACGAGCAACAGCCAGCGGGACGAAGAUGGAACCAUUGAUUACACGCUAGAGUUAGAUUAACCAAAAACUCCUCGCCGCAAACCACACAUACACACAAACCUGACACGCACGAGCUCUAGAAACCCCUUGAGCAAUAAAAAAAAAACAGAAGUGAAACAGUGAAGAAGUGUCGAUCAGGUAGCAUUUGUUACUUAAUCAUGGCUAUCUUAAGGUUGCUAUGUAUAACGCGAUAUUUGGUGCUCAUUCGGAACCGAGCAAAACACAUUUUUGCCUUCAAUACUGUUUCGAUUUCUGCGAUGGAGAAUAGGCCAUUCAUAUUUCGCUUUGUACUGAAAGACACAACCUUUAUGUUCGAUAUGAACAUUCCCAAUUCCCCCAUUUGAUUUUAGUACGUUGGUUGAUGGUAAUCAUUGCAGAGGCGGUUUUUUUUUAAAUGUCUACAUAACCUUUCAUAACAGGGCGGCCAGGUUUCGUAUGUGAUAGACGGCUCCGGUACUACACGACAGGACUGGACCCCGUAGCAAGGACUGACUAUCCGGCUUCGUGGUAACCCAAAAAUGGCCGGUAUGGGCGUAGAGUUUGUUAAGCCAAGCAAACACAUCCUUUUAAACAAUCUUAAUUAUUCCAUUCUAUCACUCUCCGAGCUAUGCACAAUAUCUGUUGAAAAGCUCUGGAAUAAUCUGAAUGAAACACAUGGAGGUAGAACCGCUGACCGAGAUUUUAAUGCUACUGCAGAAUAGAUGAAAGUGUUAUGUAGACAUUUAAUUAUGACCUCUCCAGUAAGGUGAUAGAAAUUAUUUAACAUAAGUUCUAUUUUAGAUUGUUUCAUUGGUAUGUUUGUUUGCGUGGUCAAUUCCUUCGCUUUCUUUUCCGCAUCAUGCUAGAGAUAAUGUAUUGUGCUUUAUAUUAUUUUAUUUAUCGGUUGCCAGUUUAUGACUAUAUUAGGAUUCAUUUUUUCAAAAUUGCAACAGAGUUGGAAACGAUUAAGGUGAAGGAUAAUUUCUUCGUUCGGCGUUUAUUUUGAAGAAAUUCGCAUAUGCUACAUUUGUGAGACACGACAACGGAAUAGAUAUCGUGCGCUGUUGUGGGACGAGAAAGCUCGUGUGCGUGCGUGUGGUGUUGGUAGGUUUGUGUUUUAAGAAGAAGAAAAAAACGGCUUAGUUACCCCCUGCGGAACAGGUAUCAACGGUAACAGCAAGCAUUCGCUGCCGCUUUAUCGCUAGUUGUGUCACAUUCAUUCCUGUGAUUUGGCUUCUCUUCUGCCAUCGUCCUCAGAUUGGCAGUAAUGUUGGAUUAGCGAACAGCUACAGUUUGUACAGACGUAUUCAGAAGCAAGGAAUAAGAUAAUAAGUAAGCAAGGGAGAAUGGGAGGAGAAAAAACGAAACAGAUCGCUUUGCAAAAGCACAAUACGAAGGACUGAACAAGUUGUUGUGGAGUGGAUGGGGACUCCCAUUAUUAUUUCCUAUUAACCAAAUCCCCUAUUGUUUGUCGACGUAAUUAAUGCACGGUUAGUUUCAAAAUGGAGCCAAAUCGCCAUAUUAACAGUAAACUGCAAUAGAAACCACGCGUUCACAGCUAAAUGGAACAAUUCGAUAGAAGGUCGAAUAGAACGAUUAUCCGAGGCAAGAAAAUCAGUUCUAGUGUGUGAAACGUUUUCUUGACAAAAUAAAGCUUUAAUUUUGUCUGCUACUAAAUCCAAUUCGGUCAAAACAAUUUGGUACAGAACUACCACUGGAAAAGGAAGAUGAUCAUUUUUGUAAGUUACGACACAUUGCCGAGAAUGCUCCAAUGGUCCUCCUUUAUCAGAUCAUACUGUGUUUAUCUUUCUGCUCAGAAUAAUACUCCUUCCCGGAAAUAUAACCAUUCGGACGAUAAUAUGGAUUUUAUUUAAACAGUAGAAAACAAACGCGGUAGCAAACGAUUUUUAUAUUCUAUUUCUCAAUCGUAAUAUUGAAGAACGUGUGGUUUAGGUUUUUCCCCCGUUUGGGGACACAGCAUUCAAAGACAGAGAGCUCGGUCGUGAAUAAUGGCCUGAUCCAGAUGCGCUCGAUCGAUCCAGAUCGAUCCCAUCAGCGUUAAGGGUCUCUCCCUCGAAAGAAAGACAACAACAGAUUGAAUGGUGUUAAUUAGACAGCUCUUAUAACGAUAAUUUCACCUUUAAGUACGCUACAUUGAUAUGAUUAUGAAUUAUUAUUAUUAUUGAUGCGUUGAUAAUAAAGAAGAGAAGGAAAA